AUGCCGUGUAGCUUGAUUCAGUUUUAUGACUCGAAUCUUCCCCUCACACCUACUAUUUCUGACUCUCUUUCUAACCCUGCCUCUCCUGAUGUACAUCAUGUCGAUUGCACUCCAGAUAUCAAACCUGAUCCCUCUCCUUCAAUUCCUUCUCCUGCUCCUCAUUCUCCGUCUCACACACUUUGUGAUUCUCCUCCUACACCUUCUGUUUCCCCUGGAUCAGAAUGUCAUUCUCUCGAUCUCGUCCCCUUUCCUCCUUGUAUAGAGCCUUCUGCUGAUCCCUCUCCGACCCCUGUCGACACCCAAUCCCUGUACCUUUCUGAUCCUGACUCGUUCAAGACAUCUCCUAUCUCUCAACCUCCUACUCCUAGUCCAUGUCAUUGUGAUGAAUUUCUUCCUGUCUCUGAGGUCCCUCCUGACAUUUACAAUCCCAAGGACCCUCAGCAUGUAAAUGUACCCAUCUCGUCUCCUCCUCUUUCUCCUCUUCCUUCCCCAGCACCUAGCAUUAGUACAAUUGAUUUCGAGGAAGAUAACCAUGAUUUAGAUGCAUGUUCUGAUCAUUCUCAUACACCAACUCCUCCCCCUCCUCCUCCUCCCAAUUCUACACCUCCUCCUCCUGUACCACAUCCCCCUAACAUCGCACCUGUAGCACAAAUGAAGACUGUACUUGACAAAGCAACAGCUUUGGGUACCGAUCCUGUUAAUCAUGGUAAUGAUCUUGGGUCCUUAUCUCAGGUGAGCACUGAUGAUCCACCGAAACUAUCACUGGUAUCAUUGAACAAGAACAUUAUGAACACCUUGGUUAUCCCCGCUAAAUCUGAGUCCAUCUCUUUUCAGGACAAUGUUGCCCUGUACGAUCCUAACUACUUGUCACAAGCAAGUAAUACCCUUCACACCCACUGUCAUCUCUCCUCCCUCAAUUUCCCAGACCCAGUCCCAUCCUAUGGUCUACAUCAUGGAUUUACUCCCCUCAUACUCCUCCAUGGUCCCGGUCCUCCUUUUAUCCCAUGUUAUUGA